GCCGCGAAGGUAGCUGUGGCGACAUCCGCGAACGAGCGUAAGGAGUACGUGUACGCGCGGUACUCGGUACUCGACUCGCGAACCUAGCGACUAGCGACGCGAGGGUGGAAUAUAUGUUGUGGGCGUCCCCCGAGCAAGUGGGGGCACUUGAUGGCCGCAGAAAUUGGGCGAACUGCGAGCAAACAUCUAUCGUCGGAGUGCGGUAAAGCGACGUCGCUGUCGAGUCCCGGUAGCGACGCGGGCUUCGAUAGUAGCCGGCUGAUCGUAGGAACGGAUCAGCAGCAGCAGCAGCAGCCGCGUUAUCAGCAACGGCAAUCGUCGCCGCCGCCGCCGCCGCCGCCACCGCCGCCGCCGCCGCCGCAGCAGCAGCAACAUCCGAAUCCACAACAGCAAGAGCGGACCACGGUACAGAGGAGGCCACUGUCGGUCAGAAUAUCGGUGGAGAGGCAGAGGAAGAAGGCGCUCGCUAAGACGACGACGACGACUCUCCCGUGUCGAAACCGUGCACCGACGUUGACGAACGCGCAGCAAACGGCGGACAACGGCCAGCAGCGAGCACCGAUCAACGCGAGCGACGUAACCUCGACGGCGGAGGCCGUCACCGAGGUACCCGGCGCCAUCAAGACGACCAUCAACAUCGGCUUCGCGAUGAAUCACGUAAACGAUCAGGAGAACCUCAAACAGCUCAGCCUCGCGCCCGUUCAGGUUAACGAGGUCGAGGAAAUGGACACGCAGGAGGAAACUCCAAAUGAUGGUGGGGGAGAUGGGACUGACAACCGUCCUAUAAAUGGUGAACCAGAAUUAGCAUGUAUAGUUCAAGAUCAAGAAAUGGAGGAAGAUGAAGCCAGAUCUGAAGCAACUUUUCGCUACACUGUAGAGAACAUUUCCAAGAUGAAAGAUUCACAGUUGUCCCCCGCGUGCUAUGUUCGUAAUUUACCAUGGAAAAUCAUGGUGAUGCCACGAUCAAGUCAGACGCAAGAGAGACAGCCGCAGAGAUCGCUUGGAUUUUUCCUGCAGUGUAAUGGGGAAAGUGAAUCGACUUCGUGGAGUUGUUAUGCAGUAGCAGAAUUGCGUCUCCUUUCCUGCAAAGAUGGACAAGAGCCAUUCAGUAGAAAAAUUCAACAUCUAUUCUACAGCAAGGAAAACGAUUGGGGUUUUAGCCAUUUCAUGACAUGGCAAGAUGUCUUGGAUCCUGACAGAGGUUUCAUAAAAGAUGAUUCAAUCACGCUUGAGGUUCAUGUUGUGGCUGAUGCACCUCAUGGAGUCAGUUGGGACAGUAAAAAACAUACAGGAUACGUAGGCUUGAAGAAUCAAGGGGCUACAUGUUAUAUGAAUUCCUUAUUACAAACCCUGUACUUUACAAAUCAGCUGCGAAAAGCGGUAUAUAAAAUGCCAACAGAAAGUGAUGAUUCGAGUAAGAGCGUUGCGCUGGCUUUGCAGAGGGUCUUUCAUGAAUUACAGUUCUCCGAUAAGCCUGUCGGCACAAAAAAAUUGACUAAGAGUUUUGGUUGGGAAACUUUGGACUCUUUUAUGCAACAUGAUGUUCAGGAGUUUCUGCGCGUGCUGCUGGACAAAUUGGAGAGCAAGAUGAAAGGGACCUGUGUGGAGGGUACAGUGCCAAAAUUGUUUGAGGGAAAAAUGGUCUCCUUUAUCAAGUGUAAAAACAUAGACUACAAAUCCACGAGAGUUGAAACGUUUUACGACAUACAAUUAAAUAUAAAGGGCAAGAAGAACAUUUACGAGUCCUUUAGCGACUAUGUGAGCACGGAAAGUCUCGACGGCGAUAACAAGUACGACGCGGGAGAGCAUGGAUUACAGGAAGCAGAAAAGGGCGUCAUAUUUUCGUCAUUUCCACCGGUUCUACAUUUACAUUUAAUGCGCUUUCAAUACGAUCCUGUCACAGAUUGUUCAGUCAAAUUUAACGAUAGGUUCGAGUUUUACGAAAAAAUUAGUCUGGGCAAAUAUUUGCAAAAUAAAGAGGCAACGAGCGCGGAUUAUACAUUACAUGCAGUUUUGGUCCAUAGUGGUGACAAUCAUGGUGGACACUAUGUUGUAUUUAUUAAUCCCGCUGGUGAUGGUAAAUGGUGUAAAUUCGACGACGAUGUUGUUUCGCGAUGUACAAAGCAGGAAGCUAUCGAACACAACUACGGUGGUCAAGACGAGGAUAUGUCUAUGGCUGUGAAACAUUGUACUAACGCUUACAUGCUGGUUUACAUAAGGAAUUCAGAGCUGGAAAACGUUUUGCAAGAGGUCAAGGAAGAGGAUAUACCUCAAGAGCUGGUGGAGAGGCUGCAAGAGGAGAAGAGGCUGGAACAAAUAAGAAGAAAGGAGAGAACGGAAGCAUACUUGUACAUGACCGUCAAUGUCCUUCUCGAGGAUAGCUUUGACGGUCACCAAGGAAAUGAUCUCUACGACCCAGAGCACGCUUUAUAUCGUGUAUUUCGCGUACGUAAGCAGGCCACUGUGCACGAGUUUCUCGAGCUACUGAGCGAUAGUUUGAAAUAUCCGAUAGAACAGAUCCGUAUUUGGCCGUUCAGUCAACGCUCGAAUCAAACCUGCAGACCUACGUUAAUCGAACCAGACGCCGAUCUUCAGAAGCCCAUCAUCGACUGCGCGGAGAAUCAUAAUCCAUGGAACGUGUUCGUCGAGCUUGUUCCUCCGGAUUCCGACAUGACAGCGCUACCACCUUUCGACAAGGACACCGAUGUCUUACUGUUUUUUAAACUCUACGAUCCCAAAAAUAAGAAAAUUCAUUAUUGCGGUCAUCAUUACAUGCCUGUCAACUCUAAAGUCCAGGAGCUUAUACCAAUUCUGAACGAACGAGCUGGAUUUCCACCAGAUACGGAGCUCGCUUUGUACGAAGAAAUUAAACCAAAUUUAGUUGAGAAAAUAGACAACUUGACGGAAUCCUUAGAAAAAGUCCUCGAGGAAUUAAUGGAUGGUGACAUAAUUGUAUUUCAAAAGGAAGGUGACAACGAGCUGUAUGAACUUCCAACGUGUCGGGAAUAUUUUAAAGACCUGUUCUAUAGGGUAGAAGUAACAUUUUGUGAUAAAACGAUUCCUAACGAUCCGGGUUUCACAAUGGAGCUUUCAUUAAGAAUGACGUACGAUCAAAUGGCAAAGGCUGUAGCGCAACGAGUCGGUACAGAUCCGUACCUUUUACAAUUCUUCAAGUGUCAAAAUUACAAAGAUUCUCCCGGCCAUCCAUUAAAGUGUACGUUCGAAGGUACACUUAAAGAACUGGUUUCGUAUUGCAAGUCAAAAGUAAAGAAAUUAUUUUACCAACAACUCAGUAUUAGAGUGAACGAGCUAGAAAACAAGAAACAGUUCAAGUGCAUAUGGGUAGGCCCGUCACUUAAGGAGGAAAAGGAGAUUAUUCUUUAUCCGAAUAAAAAUGGUACCGUUGCCACUUUACUCGAGGAGGCUAAGAAGCAGGUAGAACUAUCAGAAAACGGAUCAGGCAAACUAAGGAUAUUAGAAAUAAAUUGCAACAAGCUUCUACCUGGUCCCGGGGAGGAUGUACCUUUAGACAACUUAAACGCGACGGGCACCAAGUUGUACAGGAUAGAAGAAAUCCCGAACGACGAAUUGAAUCUGAAGGAGGAUGAAAUGCUGGUUCCUGUUGCGCAUUUCCACAAAGACGUCUUUUCAACGUUCGGCAUACCUUUCUUCUUCAAGAUCAAGAACGGCGAACCUUUCCCCGACAUGAAGGACAGACUGUUAAAGAAACUAGGAGUUCAAGAGAAGGAAUUCGAAAAGUUUAAGUUCGCGGUGGUGACGAUGGGCAAGCCACAGUUCAUUAUCGACUCGCCGGAUUAUUGUAUCAGAACCGACGACUUCCUUCCUAAAUUCAGCGGUCAGGUUUAUCCACUUUUAAACGCAGGCACAUCGCCACACAGGCCUUGGCUUGGCCUGGAACACGUCAACAAAGCGCCAAAGCGCUCUCGCAUCAACUACCUCGAAAAGGCCAUUAAGAUUUACAAUUAAAUUUCCACCACACGAAGAAGAAAUUAAAUUAGGCAGCCACUCGUAAUAAUUUAUACGACUCUGUAUAAUAAGAGAGCGAGAACGUCUGAUGUACUGGAGAUUGGAAAAAAAUGCGUUCAUAUAUUCGUUUCUCUUCAGCCAGAUUAAACAUGUGAUUUUAAUACUGUGAGAACGAUGUCUGAAGGUAAAUCCAAGCUUUGUAUACGAUGGAUCAAGAGACUCGUGAGAUAUGCAGUACUGUUUCAUGCAUCAUGGAAGAACGAUGAUAUAGUUCCUCGAUUCGAACCUGUAAAUGUUUUACGUAAUGGUCCGAUGGCUUACUUUGGCGUCACUAUGCACUUGGUACAGUUCUUUACCUAGACGAAAGCUUUGAUUACGCGAGAGAUAUGCACAUAUAUUAUUAUAUUAUUGUCUGAUAAUUGCAUCUAAAUAAACUAUUUCUUUCGUUUUUUAAUUUUAUUAAGCAACCGUGACUUGUGAAGCUCCGGUCUAUUUUCCUGUCACAUAAAAAUUUGUGCGUAGCCGUUACUUUUCCCAAGAGGUGCUGUAUUAUGUUCUGCAUGAUGCAACAUCUAACGCUUAUAACAUCAGGAAUCGAAAAAAAUUGCUUUUUUUAUAUCGCACAUUCAUCAUUCAGGAUGUUUGAAAUGCAGACUUGUCAUCAUUAACGUUGUGCUGAAAAAAAAAGAAAAGUAAUGAAGAAAUUUUUAAUUUGUAUUAAGAUUUGGAUUAUUAUUAAUAGUAUUAAGAUACAAUUUCACACUUGAAUUCUAAUAUCUAACAAGUCCAUUCGUUUGAUUCGAGAUAUAUUCGAUACGAGAUAUAUUCGCGAUAUAAUGUAAAAUUCUCGAUAUAAUUUAAAAUAGUGAAUUUUAUAUAUUUUUGAGGUAUAUAAAAAAUUAUAUUAUUUAGUUGUAUGUUAUAAGAGAGUGUGGAAGAGUAGAAAAUGUGUAUAAGAGUGAAAUUUCUAAGUUGCCUUCCAAACAGCCUGGAACACCCUUCUCGUGUUCGAGUGUAUUUUAAUUUUUUUUUCCUCUUUUGUGUAUUUUACUUUGUACACUUAAUUGAGAUUAAUAUCUGCCGCGAAUUAUAAAUGGGCUUAAAUCUAAGAUAAAGAAAUUCUUGGCAUGAUAUAAAUGCUAGCUUUAAGUCGCGUGUAAUAGUGUAGCCCUCGGAGCUUUUCUUUCUUUUUUUUUAGAGCGGUGUGCACAAAACGGCUGCUCCGCUUUUAAGGAGCGAUACAGGAAGUAACAAGAAAUCAUCAGAUUGUCUUAACUUUUGAUCAUAUAAAUUAGCGACAUAUUUUUCUUUUUUAUAUUUAAUUUAUAUAAUAUGGCAAGUAGAUCUUGCAUGGCAAAUCACUUUGGAUAAAAGUAAUUUACAGCGAUUGCGUAAGAUCUUCUGCUACUUGCGGAUUUUUAUUUAUCAUUUUUUACGUCUUACUGUGAUCAACUUGACUUAGCCAAUAUGUAUUUAAAUAUCACGCCAGCCCUCGGAUAUUUGAAAUAGCAUAAUUGUAAGCGUCAAGGAGAAUAUCGAGCUUUCUACGUGAAUUAUUUAAUAAAUUUCUUCUGUUGAGGAGCUGUUUAUUACGCUCUUAAAUUCUUAAGAGAUCUAUCAAGUUCAUAAGUUCAGACAUAAUCAAGAUGCUUGUUUGAAAUUCUCGAAAUACGGACUACUGGCGCAUAAGAGAAUGGUCACGUUUUGAGGACACGCAGCAAUGUUUGCAGAACGCGAGAAGUAAAAUACCAAUUUUACGCAUUUAUUAUAAAAAUUGAACAACGUAUUGUAUGGUAAAGCGCCAAAAGCGAGGCAUUUAUGUAUCCACUGUCUUGCACAAGCAAGCAUGAAUUGCUGGAAGUUUUAAUGGACUUGCGAAGCAAUUCGUUAGAAGCGAUAACACUUGGUGUUACCUCAUUGACUAAUCAAUCGGAAGAAACCUGUGUGACAAACAAUUGGUUUUCUGACGAAGACUGGACGCGUAAGUUAAGCGAGAGUGGCAUUCGAGGUAUUUUGUAAAAAAAAAGAAAUCUAAAUGUGGCUGUACAGACUGAUAUUUGGUGGCAUAUAAUUAUAAUAUUAAAAUAUCCUGCAUCUGGAAGAGUUAUUCCAAAUUACAUUUUGUGGACAUCACGAGCAUUUUCACUACUGUAUUCUUGCGUUUACUUGGGAAUCUGGGUUUCGUAUAAUAGCACGCUUGUUAAAUAUGUUGUCGAGGCGGGUGCGAGAGAGGGAGAGAAAGGAAGAGAGUGAGAGAAUGUACGUUACUUACAAUAAAAUUCAAAUCGAAUUGUAAAAAGUAUAACAGCAUUAUCGCAGAUCUCAUUGCCGGAGAGAUACUUCACACGGACGCCAAACAGUAGUAGAGUAUCUCUGUACGCCUAAAGGUUGGUCUUUGCAAUAUGAUGCAUUUUGCAUUAUAGGGCUGCGCACGUUCCUGACUGCAUUUUUUUUCUAGCACUGUCCUUUUUCGUGGGCGAACGGAAUAAAAAGCUAAUUAUUUUACAAAGAAUCUCUGCCGAAUUACAGAUGUAUAAACGGUAGUGAUAGAUCUUUCGCAGUGAAGAGAAUCGGCGAUAAUGAUAUUUUAUACAAUCUGCACGCAAGAGAAAAAAAAGAGAUUGUUACAAGCAUUGUAACAUUGUAAUGUUGCAGGAGGAGGUCACGAUGGAAUCACAUGUUUUGUUGUUUAUAUAUACAUAUAUAUACUAUAUCUCUUUUUCCGUUGUUAGGUUCCUUGAAGAUUAUUGCUAACGGCAAUCUUAAGGACAACGAUGAACGUACAGUUAAUGGUAAAAGAGACAGCUGAAUUUGUUUUUCUCGCAGGAAGAAAUAAUUGGAAGUGAUACAAAACUGAUCUGGAACUGAUCUGGAUAUCGCGCGUUCAAGUGUAUAAUUAUAUUGAUUAUAAUGUGAACGUGGCACGUCGGAGAAAGCAGGCCGAGAUACGAUAUUGCUUGUAAUAGGUUGUAUGUCAGAUAUUUUUGCGUUUCUGUAGAGCUGAGACUUUAUAAAAGGGAAACUGCUCAACUGCGCGCAAUUGUAAAUUUGAAUAUUUGAUAGGAUUUAUUUCUAGACGAGCGAAACACAUUUAAGUGCGAUACAGGUAUGCGUAAAAAAAUAAUAAAAGUAAUACAAAUGC